GUCAGUGUUCUGUAGUUUUAUCUUGAUGUUUUACGAUAGAUUUGUCAAAAUGUCACCGCACAACAUCAUGACCAGUGUAAUCCAUUGGCCUCUAGUGCCUACUUAAUUACGAAUUGUUUGAAUUGUUCACCAUAACAACAUGUAAUUAAUUUGCACACAGGGGGAUUAAGAUGGUCCUUCGGUAAAUGCCGCACUCUAUUAAAAUUCUGAGUUCAUAAAGUACUCAAACAGACUCACACAAGUAAACAGCCUGUCUUAGCAACUAUUCUGCGACAAUAACCAAGUAAUAUUGGGUAGUUGGAUUAGAAAUUAGUGCAAACAUGGAACCGAGAAGUCGUCGAACGUCUAAUCUUUCGAAUAAGCCAUACACCGCUCACACAUCACUUCCACCAUUGACGACCCAGAGAAGUUUCUUGAAGGAUGAUACUUUUAUGUUGAGCAGGAAAGGGAAAAGAAACAACAAAGCCAUCAGUAAAGUUAAACCAAAACAAUAUUUAGCACUUUUACAAAAUUUCACCGACCUUAAGGUUGAGUUUUUGAACUUAGAAGAUGAGAAACAUAAGUUGGAAAACGCGUUACUCCGGAGCGAGGAUAAAUAUGCUAAGCUGUCUCAAGAACACGAGCAGCUGAAGGAAAAGUAUUCGGAAUUGGAGCAUCUGGAAGAUUGGGGCAGGAUUAUCCGCGAGAAAAAUGCCGAAAUACGUCGACUGAAUGAGGUUUUAAAAAAGUUAAGAACGGACAGAGUUGAGGCGUUGAAUGAGAAAACAACAGCAAAAGCUGCAAUCGGUGAGCUUAAGUGUAGACUUAAACAGAAGAGAAAGGAGGUUCAGGACGUACGUUUGAUGGAGCAAACACAAAGCAAAGCAAGGAUACUUAGUGAAACUGAAAGAUAUAGGACUGAGAGGGACAACGCUAAGGCGAAGUUAAUAGAGUACGAAAUACUAGUUGAGAAGCUACAAGUAGAGAUACAGAGACAGAGGGGAGAGAGGGAUUUUAAGGGGACGGAAUUACAGCAGAUGCAAAGAAAAUACUCAUCUAAGGAAAAACAAGCCGACGUUCUAAAACGUAACAUGGCAGUCUUUAAAAUGAAACAAGCUGCGGAAAAACUGAGUUAAUGAAGACAUAGUGCCAGGAUGUUCUAAGAUCUAAUGGAAUUGAAAACCAUCUUUGCCUUGACAUAGCGCUAGCAGCAGUAUCCCUUGGGUGGAGAGCUUACUCCAUGCGUUAUCCUGCGUUUUCAGACAGAAAACAGACAGGUUUUAUGCCAGCCGGACGGACGGACAGAAAGACAGCAAAAACUACACCGAUGCAGACUGAGUUU